AGUGUCUUGAGAACGCGUUUUAUAAUCCGACAUGAUAUAUACUGUAGAUAAGCAUUUUGUUUUUUUGGUAAAUUUAAAACAUAUAUGAAAACUACGUUUAAUAGGCCCAAAAUAUGAAAAAGACAUUCUUAAAUUAAACUUUAAAAACAUUUUUCCAUAAACGUUGAAAUUUUGUUUUACACUGAUGGGAAAGUACCGUAGUAGACAAAACUCGCUAAAUUUGGGGACUUUAAAACGUUUUACAUUAUAAAACCAAAAUGUACUACUUUAUUCGUAUUUAUAUGUGAAAGCGGCGUAUAUAAAGACAGUUUAGCAGUAUAAUGCAGUACCGUGAUUUAAAUCGCACGCUAUUAACGUUCUACACGUGCAAUCAAAUCCAUUAGCAAUUAAACGGCACUGAUAUGUAGUUAGACCUCAAAUGUAUAUUCCAAGCGUUUUCUGGGUUGGUAUAUUCUAUUUAGAAAGUAUCAACGGAAUAUAAUACAUUUUAGAACUGUGCGGACACGCGAAAGGUUAAGUUACAUUCAUUCAUUCAUUCAUUCAUUCAAGUUGUGCAAAGGACGUUUUGUAUUAUAGAUAGACUACUGCAUAUAGUUACUGUUGUAGAGUAAAUAGCCUAGAAAAUGUCAGGUUUUAUAAAGCAUAGUGUAUUAAUAUUUACACUAACCGUUUCGGGUGUGUUGUACCUCGGUAUUUCACAACUGGGAUAUGAAACAGUUAAUAACGAAGUAGUAGACCUGCUACGCAAAAAGGACAGAAACCUGGUGUUCGAAACAGAGAGAGCUUUCAUGGAAAGAAUGAAGUUGCGAAUGCAGCAACGAAAAGCAAAACUAAAACAGGCGUGCGUAGAAUUAGGGUUGGAAAGGGUUCCGUUUCGACCACAAGCAAUGAUGACAGUUCAAAGUUACAACUGGAUUAACUGCAGGGUUCAAAAAGCUGGAUCCACCAAUCUGGCCAAGCUAGUGUCGCAAUUACUCGGGGAAAACGACAUUAAAGAGUUAUCGAAAAUUAACCCAGCUGUUCGGCUUAGUGGCUUUCAUGGUGCAGAAGCUCUUUCUCUGGUUAAGUAUAAAGACGUCAAUCAAAUGAAAGGUUUUAUCAAAACUAUAACUGUGAGGGAACCUUUAGUGCGACUCGUUUCAGCUUUUACAUCGAAGGUUGAAAAUUAUCAAGGGGGAUCAGACUCUCGCAAGAAUAACACCGCCUUAGCUCCGUGGAGAUCCCGAGACGACAUGCCUGAAAACGUAACUUUUGAUGCUUUUAUACAACAUGUAUUAUACAAACACAAAGCUAAAAGUCCGUUCGAGGGGCACUGGUCUGUUUAUAACGAUGCCUGUCAACCUUGCCAGAUUGAAUAUGACGUGAUUUGCAAGCUUGAGUCAAUAACUGAAGAUUCCAGGUACAUGCUAAAUCUUAUUGGAGCACCACGGAAUGUUUCGUUUCAAGCAGGCUACAGUAGUAACGGUAGUAUGAAGAACUCACUUGCAAAUGCGACGCACUGGGUUAAAACUUUAGAUCCGACGACUUUAAAACGACUGCACAAGAAAUACGAAAUGGACUAUAAAUUGUUUGAUUACGAUUUACCAGAGUAUUUAAUGUUAUAA